AUGGACGUAGCUGCUUUAAAGGAAUUGCUUAAACAGCAACAAGAGUCUACAAAUAAAAUGCUGGAGGAUCAGCGAGCAUUCUUCAAACAAAUUUUAUUACAACAGACUGCAGAUGGACAGAGUGUUAAUGUGCCUGCAUUUCAUGCUUUUAAUAAGCAAUUGCAUAAGUGUGUAUUCUGUUGGUCUUCGCGCGUUUACGGUGCCCCGCUGGUCCGGAUAGAGGAUGCGUUCUUGCGUUCGGUUCGGCCGGGGCGGGGCGGGGGUGGUGGUCCGCUGGGGCUGUUGAUUGAUCCCUACGGGGUGCAUUUCGAUGCCAGCCAACCGUCGCUAUUGGAACAUCUUUUGGCCCGGCAUCCGUUGGAUGAUCCGGCCCUAUUACGCCGCGCGGGGGAUGGUAUUGCGCGGCUGAAGGCCGCCAACCUAUCGAAAUACAAUGAUUUUGAUCCAGAUCUACCCGCUCCGCAAGGGGGGUAUGUUCUGGUUGUGGAUCAAACGGCUGGUGAUGCCUCCAUUCGUUGGGGUGGGGCGACAGCGCAGACAUUCCAACAAAUGUUGGCGCAGGCGCGCGAAGAUUUUCCUGCCGCGCGUAUUUUGAUCCGCACACAUCCCGAAACGCGCGAUGGCCUGCGGGCGGGGCAUUUCGGCCCCAAGGAUACGGAUGCGCGGACGCAGAUUUUUGCAGAUCCGGUUUCGCCGUGGACGCUCUUGGCGGGGGCGCAGGCGGUUUAUACGGUCAGUUCGUUGAUGGGGUACGAGGCGAUCUUGGCCGGUCACAGGCCCAAGGUUUUCGGCCAGCCCUUCUAUGCGGGCUGGGGCCUCAGCGAUGAUGUCCAACCCAUUGACCGCCGCCACCGUUCCCUGACCGUGGAGCAGGUUUUCGCGGCCAGCCAUAUUCUGGCGCCCACAUGGUUCGAUCCCUGCCGCCAGCGUCUUUGCUCAUUUGAAGAGGCGAUGGAUCAGUUGGAGGCCGAGGUUCGGGCGUGGCGCGAAGAUCGCUUUGGCUAUGUCGCCACCGGGAUGCGGUUGUGGAAACGCCGCCCGUUGCAGCAGUUCUUUGGUCGCGUGGCGGGGGUGCAGUUCGUUGAUCCUCCGACCAAGGCCGUUACGCGCACGGACCGACCGCUGCUUGUCUGGGCGGGUAAAGAGCCUGUGGGUUUUCCUGCAUCCGGUCGGCGGGUUGAGGACGGUUUUUUACGCUCGCGUGGGUUGGGGGCGGAUUUGAUCCCACCUUUGUCGUUGGUCUCGGACCGGCAGGGCAUCUAUUAUGAUCCGCAGCGUCCAUCGGAUAUGGAGCAUGCCAUUCAAACCCCGCUGCCCGCCGGAGGGGCGGAUCGUAUUGAUCGGGCACCGCAUUCUGGUGCCGGGGCAGGUCGAGGGAUGGACGCUCUACCGCUUUGGGGGCAGGCAGAUUUGCAGACACCUGGGCCUGCUGGCACGGGGCGGGCGGAUUAA